AUGGGGUCGCCAUCGGACGUCCAGCAGAACCCUCCUCCCGCCAAGUCGCAGGCUGGUGAACGGCAGCAUGUCGACAGCAGUAUGGCUAAGAGGGUUGUUCGAAAGAUCGACCUCAACCUCAUUCCACUGCUCUUCAUCACGUACAUGCUCAACUUCAUGGACAAGACGAUCCUGUCGAGCGCGGCCGUGUUUGGUCUCAGAGACGACACCAAACUCAAGGGUCAGGACUACAGCUGGGUGUCAAGCAUCUUCUAUUUUGGCUACUUUGCCUGGACGUAUCCCACGUCGAUCCUCAUCGCACGCCUGCCUGUCGCCAAGUACAUGACCGCCAACACCUUCUUCUGGGGCGCCGUCGUCGCGCUCACAGCCGCGUGCACCAACUACGGCGGCCUGCUCACCGUCCGCUUCCUCCUCGGCGUCGCUGAGGCCACAAUCACCCCGGCCUUCAUGUUCCUCACCUCGACGUGGUACACCCGUGACGAGAUCCCCACCCGCACCGGCAUCUGGUUCGCCGGGAACAGCGUCGGCGGCCUCGUGGCCUCCUUUGUCGCUUUCGGCUUCGGCCACGUCUCCGACGACCACGAGGUCGGCCCCUGGCGCUCGAUGUACAUCCUGCUCGGCGUCCUGACAUUCGUUUGGGCUUUCGUGCUCUGGAUCUGGCUGCCCGACACCAUCGCCAAGGCACGCUUCCUCACCACCGACGAGCGCCGGUACGCGGCCGACCGCGUGGUCAUCGCUGGCACCGGCUCAACGGCCAAGACACUCUGGAAAUGGGACCAGGCAAUGGAAUGCUUGAUCGAUCCCAAGACUUGGUUCAUAUUUGGUCUCGAGAUCAUCACGCAGAUCCCCAACGGCGGUACCCAGAACUUUGCCAAUCUCGUCAUCAAGUCAUUCGGCUUCACGAGCCUGCAGUCGACCCUCAUCAAUAUCCCCUACUCGCUGCUCACAGCCGGCGUCAUCGCCGGAACCGGCUGGAUUGCAGGCCGCUACCGCAAGAUGAACUGUAUCUUGAUCGCCAUCAUCGUUCUUCCGUGCAUCACGGGUUCGGCUAUCAUUUACUCUCGCGAGAGCGUCAGUAGCGGCGUCCAGCUGUUCGGCUACUUCCUCCUCGCGCCCGGGCCCGCUGCCAUGCCGCUAGCCAUGUCUCUAGUCCAGGCCAACUAUCGCGGCGUGACCAAGAAGAUGACAAUGUCUGCGUUGCUGUUUCUGGCUUACUGCGCCGGUAAUAUCGCCGGCCCUCAGUUCUUCAAAGCUUCCGAGGAGCCACACUACAACACCGCCUUCCGGACCAUCAUGAUCUGUUACGCGCUUGUCGUGUUUCUAGCGCUCGGCUUGAGGUUCUACCUGCAAUGGAUUAAUGCCAAGCGCACCAGGGAGGAGGGAUACGAGGGUAGCGCCGGAGGCGCGGGUGCUGUUGGCGGCGGCAAGGUAAUGCAAGCGGAUGGGAAUGCGAACGAUGUUGCGGAUAUGGUUGAUCAAGUUGAGCUGCGUCCCGAAGACUACGAGGAUGUGACGGACUGGAAAACUGCCGGUUUUAGGUACCGCCUGUGA